UGGUCGGCAUAUGCCCCGCCGGUUCUGCCAAUUCUCUCCAAUUUGAUUUCUGCCACACACACAGAUCGAGAGGACGGAGCGGGUGGGUCGAGAUAUCGGGAGGAGGAUGAUGGCUUGUGCUUCUCUCGCCUCGAGCCUGCCGUGGGUCUUCCUCUGCUCUCCGAGGCCGAGGGCUUCGACUCCCCGCCCUCCUCACCCCUUCCUCCGUUGCUCCUCCGCCACAUCCGACUUCUCCCAUCAUACCGGCAAACUAGAAAAUCUCAUAGCACAUGUCCAAAAUCCAUCAAGUAAUGUAUCUAUUGACCAACUCGAAAGUCAAGUUCCGAUGACUGGAGGUGCAUAUGAUUUUAAGGGAGCUACAACAUCACUAACUAAUGAGAGAUUGUCGUCUCCGAAAAAGGUGACUCUAGUAAGGCAUGGUUUGAGCUCGUGGAACAAUGAAAAUAGGGUCCAGGGUAGCUCAAACUUGUCCAUUCUUACAGAUAUAGGAGUCGGGCAAGCAGAGAAAUGUCGCGACGCAUUAACUGACAUAAGUUUUGACAUUUGCUUCUCUAGCCCUAUUUCACGUGCAAAGUCUACUGCUGAACUUAUUUGGCAUGGAAGGGACAAACCAUUGGUUUUUCUUCAUUCUUUAAAAGAGGCACACCUGUUUUUUCUUGAGGGUAUGACAAAUGCGGAUGCUAAAAUGAAGUACCCAGAGUUGUAUACCACUUGGAGAGAAGAUCCAGCUAAUUUUAAUGUUGAUGGAAUUUAUCCUGUCCGCAAAUUAUGGGGUACAGCAAGAGAGGCCUGGAGGGAGAUUUUGUCUUCACCUGGUGAGAGCUUUCUGGUUAUCACCCAUAAAUCGAUUUUGCGGGCGCUUAUUUGCACAGCUCUGGGACUCAGUCCAGAGAGGUUUCGUGCCGUUGACGUGAACAAUGGUGGAAUUUCUGUAUUCACAUUCAACAGGCGGGGAGAAGCUAUUCUUCAGAGCUUGAAUAUGACGGCUCAUAUGUAUAGCAAUCACAUUUAUCACUACUAAAAAGGUAGCAUUCCUGUCCCAUGAAUAUACCUUUCUGUGUUAGGAUAACUGAUUGUAAAACAUCUUAAAUUGUGAAAUUCCAAAUUGGAGCUGUCAUUGGAAAA